AUGUCCCUGCAUCCCUGGCACCCAUCCCUGCUCAUGCCUCUGCUCACAUCCCCCAUCCCAUCCCCACACUCAUCCUUGGGCACAUCUCCGAUCCCAUCCCUACACCCAUCCUUGCUGAAAUCCUUGCUCUCAUCCCUGCCUCUAUCUCUGUUCAUCCCUGCUCUCAUCCUGGCUCCCAUCCCUACUCCCAUCCCCACACCUGUCCUGGCUCAAAUCCCUGCUCCCAUCUUCCCUGCACCCAUCCCUACACCCAUUCCUACACCCAUCCCCUCUCCCAGCCCUACCACCCUUGCCAUCCCCACCACUCCUUCCAUCACAACCCUGCCCUGA